AUGAGGAACAAGUUUUCUCUGAGCUAUGGCGAGUCUUGUAGCGCCUGGGACAUGCAGAAUUGCGCCACCAACUACCGAGCAGAUCAGGUGGACUCUUGGUGCUGUUCCAACUGGUGCUAUGUGGACAAGUCAUGUCCCAGUGCCAAAGAUUCCUUGAACGACGGCAUGACGGGCAUCCUCUACUGGUCGGAUAAUGCCUGUCCAGAUGACACUGCGCUCACCUUGCAGUGCCCUUACCGACCACAAAGUAACAAUACACCCGCGGGGGAUUGCACUUGUCUCACUGAGAAGGUUCCCUCAUCAGUGAUGGAUUGGGAUGCACUGGGACUGAAUUCCACCACCUACGCUGACUAUGGCACAUCUUGCAUGCCAUGGGAUUCCCAAGAAUGCGAGAAACUGUAUCCCAGCCUCAGUUCCUAUGCCAUGUGGUGCUGUUUGUCCUGGUGUUGGGUGGGUGAGACGUGCGCUUCCGCGCGUGCUUCUACCCUUUGGCCUGGACACUACUUCAGCUAUGAUGGAUGUGAAAUGAGUGCAGACGUUGUUUCCAGCUGCAAGUACGACGAUGCCUGCCAAUGUCGAGGAGAGUUGCCCAGCGGCACCUUUGACAACGUCGAGGGCACUUUCAAGGCAAAUUAUGGCAGCAGUUGCAAGCCUUGGGACAGCCUGGGAUGCAAAUCGACUUGGGAAACCAACUCCAACAGCGGAUGGAGCAGCAGCAACACUCACGACUGGUGUUGUGAUUCCUGGUGUUAUGUCAACGAUAGCUGCCCCAUUGCAAAGCAGUCCUGGCUUGGCACUGGUUUCUAUUUCAGCUACGAGACAUGUGAUGAUCCGGAAUGGACGUACAAUGAGAACGCUGACACCUGUGAUGGUGCGCACCGUCGUCGAUAUUCGGCCGACAACCUACGUCGGCUUUCAGCUCGUCGUCGGAGCGGUUCAUUCAGUUCCAGCUCAAGUUACAGCAGUCGCCGCAGAACGUCCUUCUCCUCUUCUUCCUAUUCAUAUUCUUCAACCUCUUACCGAAGGCGUUCUCCUCCUGCUCCAUCGACCUCGUCGCGUCGCCGCAGCUAUUCGGCGCCCACCAGCUACCAGCCCCGGCGCCGCACCAUGACGGUGAGCCCACGGCGCCGUGCAGCGCGGCGGCGUGCACCUCCUCCACCGGCACCAGCACCGGUGAACACACGACGACGCACCUCCAGCAUCAACGGGCAAACGUACACCACCACCCGGCGCCGGGCUCCAGCAUCGGGGAGCACAACGGAUGUGCGUCGCCGUCGCACAGCUCCUCCAACUUCCUACGGCUAUGCCAGUCGUCCUGCGGUCAUGAACAACUAUGGCGGCAACAUGCCUGUGCAGACAAACUAUGGAUACUCCGGCGUCGCGAAACCUCCGAAUUCGAACGCGAACAUUGCAAUGUAUGCAGUUGGUGGAGCUGCGGCUGGUGCAGUGGCAGGUGCUGGGGCCAUGUAUGCGUACAACAACAUGUACAACAGCGAUGCUUAUGGCCUGCACCGGCGACGCCGAAUGGGGAACUACUAUGAUGCAGAGUGGUGCAUCGUGUCAGCCACUGGCUCUCGACAAGGAGACUUCAUGGAGUGCAACUCAUGCUUCCGUUUGUAUGGAUACCCCUACUGCCAAUCCGGCAGAUCCUGCAACACUGCAGCGGGCUGCGGCUAUACCACUGCUUCCACCUAUAACAGAGAUGACUUGGCUGCGACUGGUUUCAUUCCGAACAGUUACGUGCCUCCGUUGAAGGUCACCUUCACCAGCAUCACAGGGCAGGACAUCAACACUGAUCCGAUCACAGGCAUUUGUCCACCACUCACCGCUGCCCAAGCGUCUUUGGUGGAGGAGUUCAACAAAACUAUGUCGUUCUCGCCUGAUCUCUUUUUAGUGCUUACCCAGCAGGAAGUUCUGCGAACGGAAACUUCAAGUUGUGCGAAAGACACAACCACGAGCUGCACUGACACAUGUUGGAUUGACUACUCCCAGUGUGUGAGUGGAAGUUGCCAGUGCCGCGCUGGGUAUUGCUGGAACGGCCGCACAUGCUCAGCCACGGGCAUUGGUGCUGCAUCCACAUAUACGAUCAUGUUGCCAUGGUUGAUGCUGCUGCUUCCAUUGCUUGAGCGAAAUUGGAGGGUCGAGUUCUGCUUUCUGACGCUGUUUGCCGGACUGCGGUCCUCGGCACAGACACUAGGCUGGGCAACCAAGGAGAUUUUAACGCACAAGGUCUUUGGGAAGCCAGAGGGCCGCUACUUGCACUCUGGAGAGGAGGUGUGGAGAUGUCCCAUCUCGGGAGAUUGCUGGUCACCCUCGUUGGCUCCACCAAGCUUUCCAAGGAACCAUCAGGUGGCUGCCCGACUGGCCUUGGCGGGUGAUGCUUUUUCCUUGGCAGAUGCUGUCGAAGGAGCUUGGCUCUCUGGUGAGGCACCACCCAUGAAAGAUCAGAGGGAGGUGCAUCCAUCCAUCAUGCAAGCCAUCAUGAAGUUGGUCCAAGUCCUUCAGUCUGAGCUGCGAGCAGCUUUGGAGGGAAGAGAUCGAGCCAAACUCUCGGCUGGCUUGGAGAUGCUGCGUUAUGCCAAGGUGGCCCAACUCCCUGAGGAGGAAGCGGCAACAAGGACGUUGGUGUCCUUGGAAUUGGAGGAGGCCAUCCAGAACCGCAGUGAGCUGGAACUGAAACAGGCGAUCCUCAGCGCACAUCAGUACGAUCACCGGGGUUCACGGCUCUACAAGGAUGCCGUGGACACGUUGCAACAGGUCUUAGAAGAAAAACGUGUGGAGCAAAUGGCCAGGCAGCUUGCAGACGCCGCCGCACGGGGCGAUUUGGAGACGCUCCACGGACUGCUGCAGGGCAGCCAUUCCUCACAAGCAGGAGUCUCCUUGGCUUCUCGCCCCGAGUUUUCAGAAGCAGAGGCGGCAUUGAAGAAAGGUGUGCGUCAAUCCUUGCAACGGGCUGCUGCAAGUUGCAGUCGCCGUCAAGUCCGGCAAGCCUGUGCUGAGGCGCUUCGGUACGGCUUCUCGGAGCUGGCGGAAUAUCAGCGACUGGUUGACCUGCAGAGGAAGCUUUGCCUGCAAAACCUGCACGAUGCGGCUCAGCAAAGACAUGAGGAGCAAAUUCGAGAGAAACUCCAGGAAUUCAUUGAGGAGCCAGAGCUACUUGACUGGGGACGCAAGGAACCAGCCUUUCAAUCUGCCAUUCAGGUGUACAAGGAGUUGCUGUCACUUCCACCGUAUUUUGAAGAUGAGCAAGUGCUGAGCAAGAUCUCACAGAGCUACGCUGUAAAGCGUGAGGAGCUGAAGGACCAGAAGUUGAAAGAGGCCUUCCAAGAGCUCAUGGACUUGACCUAUUGCCGCGUGAGGACCAAAGAUCGACGGGGAGAUGUACCGUCUCGCCUCGUGGUUCAGGAAGCGAUUGUUGUCAAGAAUUUACCCAACUUUGUGGAGUACAUGAGAAGACGCGAGGAGAUAAGGAAGCACUGCAAAGCCAGUCCUCCUUCAAUGAUGCUCAACAACUUGGGCAACAGAUCGGUCUGCAAAACCUUUGAACAGCUGCCGUCCAGCGGCAAGCAGUUUCACACCGUUUGGAGAGAUACCCACAAUUUGCCUGUGGAUCCGAUUGAUGCUGAGAUUAAUGAGUACUACUUGUUUCAUGGUACUCGACCAGAAUCAGCCCAGUCUAUUACCGAAGGUGAUUUUCGCCUGGACUUGGCCGGUUCCAAUGCUGGCACCCUCUAUGGCAGAGGUGUGUACUUUAGUGAGAGCACAGGCAAGAGCGACGAGUAUGCCACUGAAGAUCCUCGAGGAUGGUGCUGCAUGCUCGUUUGCAGAGUUACCUUGGGCAGAUUGUUGUACACAGACGAGGAGUACCCUGAUACGAAUGCAUUAGUGAGGAAUUGCACUCGCGGCACGUAUCAUUCCGUACUCGGUGAUCGGGAGAAGAUUCGCAGCACGUUUCGAGAGAUGAUUGUCUUUGACACAGACCAGGCCUAUCCAGAGUUUCUGGUCUGGUAUUCUAGGCAGCAUUGA